CGUCUCCUGGACAACACGCCGAGCGACCACCCUGACCACCCCCUGCUGCAGCAAGCCUGCCGCGUCAUGCACGACCUGGCGGUCAAGAUCGGCACGGUCAACGACUCGCAGCACGAGGAGGACAUGCAGGAGACGCUCAAGAAACUGGAGCUGUUGCUCAUCACUGAUCUGGCUGUACCGGACAGAGCUUAUAUUCGCCAUGACAUGGUUCAGUUAUUUAACAAGAAGGACCAAUGUUGUAUAUGGCUCUUCUCCGACGUGAUCAUCCUGAGCAGCAUCAAGCGGAAAAGUGGGCCUGUCACUCGCAAAGUUUCCAUUAUUUUAAAAACCCCACUGGGUCAGGACUUUGCUGAGAACAUAAAGCACAAAGUCUUCUUACGUGUGGGCUUGGAUGAUCUCGAGAUUGUCAAAACUCAGGGCACGCUGACACGUAAGCCUACCAUUGACCGGGAACAGGUGGAGGAGGACAUGAAUGUGAUGACCCAGUUGGCAGAACUUGCGGGCAAGUUGUCAUGCCAACACCAGGGUCUGGAUGAUGUGAUAAAAGAAAUGAACACAGCCCUGGCCCGGCAGCAUUCUGAGGCCAGCGCUCGGAGUGCCUCGUCUGACUCCAACAAGAUGGAGUUACUAGUCACGACCCAAGAAGGGGUGCUGCACCUAGUCAUUGGCUUCUCUUCUACCGAGAAGAGGGGAUCCUGGGAAGCCGCCUUUACUGACGCCAAGCAGAAACUGUCGCUGCUCUCUGACAAGAGGGCUCCCGAGUUCCUGCAGCCCUUGCAGAUAACGAAGACACGAGCUGGCAUGCAGUUCUCCUGUGCGGCUCCUAUCGACGGCGUGAACUCGAGCGGGUUCCGUGACGUGUGGGUGUGUAACAGCGACGGCUACGUGGGCCACAUGUGUCUGCUCUCGCUGCAGCCCGAGCCCAUCGUCACGCUGAACACGCCCGUGCCGGGCUGCAAUGCCAGGAUCCUCUGCAUAUGUGCCGUGCCUGCCUUCAGCGGCGCGUUUCGGAGACGGGCGUCUCAGAAAGGCCCGCGCGGGCAGAGGGACUCUGUAGCCAUCAUUCCGGAAGGACCCAGAAUCAACGUGGAGAAGGUCGGGGCUCACAGCAGCGACAGCAUCAACAACAACAACAACAGCAGCAUCAGCAGCAGCAACAACAACAACAACAACAACAACAGCAGCAGCAUCAGCAACAACAACAAGAAUAAGAGUGCCUCCUGCUCCAACAUGGCGUCCACCUCUUCUCUCGACGAAGAGAGCAACGACACGCUGAUAGAGGAGGGAUACCAGUCCGACUCCGAGUCCAGCGACGACGAACCAGUGUCUUUCAUUACCAGGGCAGAUGAGCUUUACGUUGGAGAGCUCCUGUCAGAAGACGAGGCUCCUAAGCCCAAGGUUUCGGAGCUGACGGAGAGUAGCCCUGAUCCCAUCACCACCUCUGGCCAUUGGGACCAGGACCCCGCCAAGUCGACCAUGUGGCUGGGCACUGAGGAUGGAUGCAUCCACAUUUUCCAGUCAUGUGACAACAUUAAGACAACCAAGAACAAGUUGAAGAUCCAGCACGGGUCCCCUGUUUACUGUAUCAUAUAUUUGGACAAUAAAGUUUUUGUAUCUCUGGUGAAUGGUGAUCUCAUUGUGUACAAGCGAGAUGCAGACGGUCUGUGGGACACAGAGCACCCGUACACUCGCACCAUUGGCUCAGCCUCGGCUCCCAUCUCCAAGAUGCUGGCGGUGGCGGGGAAGCUGUGGUGUGGCUGCCAGAACCAGGUGCAUGUCAUCAACCCUCUCGCCUUGAACAUUGAGACUUCGUUUCAAGUGACGUCGGACGCGAGUCGCUCCGUCCAGUGCCUGGUCAGUUCGGGUCAGGGCGUGUGGGUGGCCUCCCACCAGAGCUCCAAGGUGGCGCUGUUCCACGCCGUCACUUACGAGUUCCUGCUGGAGGUCUCCAUCGCUCAGGCUGUCUCACAGAAGCUGCAAUCUGCGGACGACAUCAUCCGUCAACACAAGGCAGCGUGCCUGCGCAUCACAGCGCUGAUGGUGUGCAAGGACCUGCUGUGGGUGGGCACCAGCGCGGGAGUCAUCCUCACCAUUCCCAUCCCUCGCAUCACCUCCACCACCACACGGGGCAGCCUGGCCACGCCCACUGUCACAGGUCUGGUGUACGGCCACACGGGUCACGUCCGCUUCCUCACCAGCGUGGAGCUCAGCAGCACGGCCAGCGCCAAAUCGGACUCGUCCACCGCUCGCGACGGAAACGGGGGAGGGGGGGAUGCCGGGGGCAGCAGCACCGGGGAGAGAGCUGGGGGAAGCACCGGAGGAAGUGGAAGUGGUGGGGGUGGGUUCUCCUUCCAGGACAUCCACCGUCGAUCGUCGAUGGCUGCCACCACAGCUACCAUGGCCAGUCGCAUGCUGGUGAUCAGCGGAGGGGACGGGUACGAGGAUUUCCGCAACAGCGCGGCCAACGAGGGUGCGGGCCGGGACGACAGCACCAACCAUCUGCUUCUCUGGCAGGUGUAGGAUCGGAACAACGUGGGGAGCUUGACGCGGGGCGGUGGCUUUGAGCUGUUUGAGAAAAGACGGGAGUUCUGUGAGUGAGCUACUACUGUGAGAAAAGACAGACUGCGACCUCUGUGCUUUCUUGUCGUAUCUCUAUUUUAUUAAGCAGUGAAAUUGUGACUUCUUCUUGAGAACACUCUUUGUUAUAAACUGUUUUCACUAUCAUUGAAAAAGGAGAUACGACAAGAAAGCACUGAGCUUGCGAGACCUGUGAGUGAGCACCUACUGUGAGCUAAGACAGACAGAUCUGGGAGUGAGCAACUACUGUGAGCUAAGACAGACAGAUCUGUGAGUCAGCAACUACUGUGAGCUAAGACAGACAGACAGAUCUGUGAGUCAGCAACUACUGUGAGCUAAGACAGACAGAUCUGUGAUUGAGUCAGCAACUACUGUGAGCUAAGACAGACAGAUCUGUGAGUGAGUGAGCGACUACUGUGAGCUAAGACAGACAGGUCUGUGAGUCAGCAACUACUGUGAGCUAAGACAGACCUGUAGAGAAACAGACUUGUGAGCAAAUACGAAACUACUGAGAGCAGAGACAGAACGUGUGAGCGAAGACUGCACUUCAAGAAACGACCGGAACUUUCACUCGGUAGAAGUGGAAGAAUUGUUGUAAUUUCAACACCUGUGUACAUUAUUCAUAAGGCACUGAGAAUGGUUCAAGGUCAUCACAGAUUUAAUCGUGACAUGUUGUACUUGGACUAUGUAUGCGCCCUUGACCUUCUCCCCUUUACUUCAGAAAGGUCAGGGUUUGAAGGUCAAGAAAAGACAAAAAGUGGAAAUUAUGUGUGCGGAAGAAAUGUAGGAACUGAGAGCACUGAUAGUGGUUCCGGGUGGAUGUGGUCUUGUAUUUUGUAUCACUGAUCGGUACAUCAUUUGGACUUUUUUCGCGACGACAUCCUUCUUGUGUAAGACCGUGUGUACACCUGAUAUAUGUUUUGUGGCAGACAGUCUUUUAUAACUCAAUAUUUCCGUAACUCAGAAAUUCUGGGAGUUUCGGGGUAUAUUUUUCUAUUUCUAUCAUACACGUACAACAAUAGAUUAUGUUCCAUCUUUUAUGUAUGUGUUGCAGACUAGACUUCUCUUUUUACUUACGUACAUUUGACCUACUGAAAGCUAGUGGAAAUCUUGACAGGUUGGUCAGUCGUUUCUCCCUCAGUGUCACCUCAUGACGAAAGAUUUUUCCCGUCAGUGAUAAGUCUUGUGUUGGAUGAUAUCGAACUUACAGCUGAUAAUGACUAUUUUACAAAGUCAAUUUUUCUUUCUCUCUUUCUUUUUUUUUUCUUCUUUUCUUUUUUUUUCUUUGCUACAGUCCACAGCUGCCUUCUGGUUGUCUCAAUGUUUAUCCGUUUCUUUUUGUCUAUGAAGAGUACAAACUUAAUGUUGAGAUCUGAUGUAGUGAAAGUUCCCCCCGUUGCUUUCGCUACACAAAAAGGAAUGACCAGUUUAAUCGUCAUUAUUGUGUCUUCUGUCAUUUGUAAGAUUUGGGUUCUCGUCAGCAUGUUUUUAGUUGAAGGAUCUUUCCGUAGAUGUACUUAAGACCAGGCAAAGGGAAGGACACACACGUUUCUUUUUUUUUUUUUUUUUGAUACUGCAGAGAGAUGAAACAGUGUCUACAAACAAAAUUUGUUGUACUCGGGUUCACAGAUGGGUUCUCUUCUGCAAACUCUAUCUAGGGGGGUUGAUCGGCCUCUUUUUGUCUUUUGGAUUAUAUUGUGUUCAUUCCGUUUGUGCAGAAAUGGUGUAUCUGUGAAGCAAAAUGACAACACAGUGAUCACCUCCUGUUAAAAUGGCUAUAGUCUGCUUCACACAAAAGUUGGCAACUAUUUGCGGCCACGAGAGCGAAAUUUUCCUUACUGAUACCGUUGGCGUUAGAGUUGGAGCGUUGUGCACGCAUACCGAUAGUAUUGAUGUCAGCGCUGGGUGAGAUAGCAUCCUGGGUUUUUUUUUUAGUGAUUGAUUUAAUCGAGAGAUUUGACACUCUUUCAAAAUCUUAAUGCUUGAAGAAAGCAUCUUUUUCUGAAUGAUGGGUAGACAUAAGGUGUGUAACGCACGUACAAAAA